GCCGUGUGAGUGGGAAGAAAGAACGCUUGAAGGACGGAAAUGAAGGAUGCCAGUAGCGGAAAUUAAAAUUUGCAUAUAUGCAAAGAGGCGGCGGGGGCGGCGGGCCAUUGGCCCAGCAUCAGUUGAGCGAUGAAGAUGGAAAUUAAGAUGAAACUGAAACUGAAAUCGAAACUGAAACUGAAACCGAAUUCCAAACUGAAGCCGAGGAGGCCCAAGCUGACCGAUUCGAGACUCAAGUGCCAGAUCUAACAGCAGACUUUGUGUGCGCAAUCCAACCCACCAGUAAAAAACCUAAAAACGCAACGCAAGAGAGAAUUCAAAUCACAAAAUCAAGAAAAAGUAAAAAGCAUAAAAAAUAUACAUAUAUAGAAAAGUGACUCCUCCAGAUCCACUACCAAAAGCUAUACCCCAAAAUAGAGAGACAGCGAUGCCGCCAGGACACACAUUCUGCUGCUCCACGGCAGGAUUUAUCGCUUGCUCAGCAAUCGUUCUGCUCUGCAGUUCCGAGGUCCUGUCCAGCUGGGAGGAGUGGUGGACUUACGACGGCAUAUCCGGACCAAGCUUCUGGGGCCUCAUCAAUCCCCAGUGGAAUAUGUGCAACAAAGGACGACGCCAGUCGCCCAUUGACGUGGUGCCGGACAAGCUGCUCUUCGAUCCUUACCUGCGGCCCCUGCACAUAGACAAGCACAAGGUGUCCGGUACCCUGCACAACACGGGACAGUCGCUGGUCUUCCGCGUGGACAAGGACACCAAGCAGCACGUGAACAUAUCCGGGGGACCGCUGGCCUAUCGCUACCAGUUCGAGGAGAUCUACAUUCACUACGGCACGGAGAAUGUCCGCGGAUCGGAGCACUACAUCCAGGGUUACAGUUUCCCCGGCGAGAUUCAAAUCUAUGGGUUCAACAAGGAGCUAUACCACAACAUGUCCGAGGCCCAGCACAAGUCCCAGGGCAUCGUCGGCCUCUCGUUGAUGGUGCAAAUUGGUGAAACGCCCAAUCCGGAGCUGCGCAUCAUCACGAGCACCUUCAACAAGGUGUUGUACAGAGGCUUUUCCACGCCCAUCAGGCACAUAUCCGUGAGGUCGCUGCUGCCAAACACGGAUCACUACAUCACCUACGAGGGCUCCACGACGCAUCCGGGCUGCUGGGAGAGCACCGUCUGGAUCAUAGUUAAUAAGCCCAUCUAUAUCACCAAACAGGAGUUGUACCAACUCCGACGACUGAUGCAAGGCUCCGAGAGUACACCAAAAGCUCCACUAGGUAAUAAUGCGCGACCCGUGCAAAAUUUACAUCAUAGAACCGUAAGAACGAACAUAGAUUUUAAGCGCAACAAGAAUCAAUAUGCGUGCCCCUCGAUGUACAAGGAUAUGUACUACCGGGCGAAUCGGUGGUCGCCCGACACGGGACUCCUGAUACGUUGACGACUGGACAUCGGCGAAAAGCAAUUACUGCUAUUGCUAUUAUUAUUAUUAUUAUUAUUAUUAUUAUUAUUAUUAUUAUUAUUAUGUGUGGUAAAUAAUGCCGCGGCAAUUACAAGUAUAAUAACUGCAAUAAAGGAGGUUGCAAAAAUUGUUACAAAAACGUUCAGACACACCAACAACAACCGAGAGGCUGCAUUUGCAUUUGCUUUUGCAUUUUUUAUGUCCCAUUCAAUUUUUAUACUCAUGUUUACAACACGAACUCAGGACUGGUUUUCCUCCUACAGCAGCAAAUUAUAUUAUUUAUUUCAAUAUUAUUAACAAUAAAAUGUAGAGAGAGAGAAUGCGGCAAAAUAUAUAAAUAACAAUUGCGUAAAAUUCCAGGACAAACGCAAAAUGUUAAAUUCAACAUUUAGCAAAAAUACCAAAUAGUAGCUGAAAAUAUGAAAUUAUUUCAAUUAAUUCAAUGAGAAUUCAAUAAAAUUCCUUUGUGUCUUGGCUUUGGGCUGGCAUAAAAUGCUUAAAUUUAAGUGUGUUUAAUAAACCAACCAGGACACUGUGGAAAUCUGGUUGGUUUAAGGGCUUAGACUUAAUCGGAGUGCUCAUUUAAAUAUUUCCAAUUCAAUGCAUUUCAUAUAUAUUUAUAAUUAUUUUUGAUUUGCAUUUGUUUUGCCACACGAAUCCUUUGUUCGAUACUAGCCAAAAACACAAAAAAAGAAGGAAAAAAAUAUAAAAAACAAAGUGAAAUAAGAGAAUUUCCGUAAACUGGAUGGGUGGACAAUAACUAACGAGUUGGAGACGAAACAUAAACAAAUAGCAACAGAAAUUAACAGAAAUAAAUAUUCAUAUAAAUAUAUAUAAUAAUAUAUAUAGCAUAUACACAUCUCUCUAUAUAUAUAUACACACCACAUGCAAUAUAUAAUACAUAGAACAGCAAUGCAGCCAGGAAGUUGAAUAAAGUCGGUACACCAUAGAGGAACCUAUAUAUACACCAUGAAUAUAUAUAGCACACACUCCCCAGAAACUAUAAGCGUCUAUAUACUUGGCUUCGCAGAUGACAGCCCCUCAUCAUACAUAUAUAAACCACUUGUAACAGGGAUGCCCAGGCCUAGUCUACAGCGAGUAGCAUGGGCACCGCUGACAUCUAUAUAAACCCCCCCUAUAUCUAGUCACCAGUCAUGGAGUAUACACCAGCUAAAAGAAUGGGCUACAAAACGUAAUCUAACUGUAGAAUGCAAGCAUUAGAAUUAACUAUAAAACCUAACUAAUUAACUAGCCGAGAAAAUCAAAUUCGAAGUAACGAGUAAACUACAAGAUAAUGUGUUUUUUUUUUUUGGCGAGUGACGAGUAACGAGCAGGCGAGUGCUGUAAAGACAAGUAUUAUGGCUAAUGUAGAACCUAAGUUACUGAAUAGCAUCUAGCGGUUAGCACCACCUGAGUUUGUAUGAUAUACACGAACGAACAUAUAAAUACCAUAUAGCUAACAUAUAUCGGAUCCGUUCAAUUCCCACAUUCGCAGCUGUCGAGCGACACCUUGUGCAAUUAUUUUUUCGGGCCAGCCACUAACUAGCUAACUUACAACUAUCUUACCAGCUCCGACUAGUAGCUAGUGUGUAGAGAGCAUUAACUAUUUGUAUAAAAAGAAACAACUUUGCUACGACUGUAAGUUACUAUUGUGUUGCCAUACGAAAAACCCAAUCUUGCAAGGUCAGAAACUAUAUAUAUGAAUAUAUAUAUAUAUAUAAAUAAGUUAUACAAAUUCUAUAUAUAUGUAACUAUAAAUGCAAGAAUUACUAAGCAUAGCAGCAGUUGCGAGAGGGAAAACAUGAAAUCGAAGAAUGCAAAAACUAAUAAAUGAAAAGCGAAAGUAUUAUA